CCGACCCGUAACGGUGGGGAAAGAAAAUGGCCCUGCUGUGCUACAACCGGGGCUGCGGUCAGCGCUUCGACCCCGAGACCAACUCCGACGAUGCUUGCACAUACCACCCAGGUGUUCCAGUCUUCCAUGAUGCCUUAAAGGGUUGGUCUUGCUGUAAGAGAAGAACAACUGAUUUUUCUGAUUUUUUAAGCAUUGCAGGCUGUACGAAAGGUAGGCAUAAUAGUGAGAAACCACCUGAGCCAGUCAAACCUGAAGUCAAGACUACUGAGAAGAAAGAACUUUCUGAAUUGAAGCCUAAGUUUCAGGAGCACAUCAUUCAAGCCCCUAAACCAGUAGAAGCAAUAAAAAGGCCAAGCCCAGAUGAACCAAUGACAAACUUGGAAUUAAAAAUAUCUGCCUCCCUAAAACAAGCACUUGAUAAACUUAAACUGUCAUCAGGGAAUGAAGAAAAUAAAAAAGAAGAGGACAGUGAUGAAAUUAAGAUUGGGACCUCAUGUAAAAAUGGAGGGUGUUCAAAGACAUAUCAAGGUCUGCAGAGUCUAGAUGAAGUCUGUGUAUAUCAUUCUGGAGUACCUAUUUUUCAUGAAGGGAUGAAAUACUGGAGCUGUUGUAGAAGAAAAACUUCAGAUUUCAAUACAUUCUUAGCCCAGGAGGGCUGUACAACAGGGAAACACGUGUGGACUAAGAAGGAUGCUGGGAAAAAAGUCGUUCCAUGUAGACAUGACUGGCAUCAGACUGGAGGUGAAGUCACCAUUUCAGUAUAUGCUAAAAAUUCACUUCCAGAACUUAGCCAAGUAGUAGCAAAUAGUACAUUGUUAAAUGUGCAUAUUGUAUUUGAAGGAGAGAAAGAAUUUCAUCAAAAUGUGAAAUUAUGGGGUGUGAUUGAUGUAACACGAAGUUAUGUAACUAUGACUGCAACAAAGAUUGAGAUCACCAUGAGAAAAGCUGAGCCUAUGCAGUGGGCAAGCCUUGAACUGCCUGCAACCAAAAAGCAGGAAGAACAAAAAGAAGAUUCAACAGAAUGAGUUGACGGGGGAAAAAAUGAUUGCCUAUUUCAGAAUUCUUAGUAUGUGGUAAAAUGUUGGCUUGCUGCUGUAAUCUUUGUUGUUGCUGUCGUUGUCGUCAUUGUUGUUGAGUCUGGCAUUUCAGGGUCAACGGUAGGUUCUUAAAAGCCAAAGUCAGGUUAUCAUUUUGUGCCUCCCAUCUUUUUGAGUUACCUAAGGUUGAUUAUUCGUUUCUCCUCACUUGAUAGAACUGUAGUUGUGUCCUGUACUUGAAAAGCUAGAAAACAGCACAGUUUCAGUAUUUCUUGGUAUGAUAUUAUGUUUAGCAGACAAGUGUAACGGAACAUUUGUUUGGUUCACAUCUGUUCCUAUUAUCCCAUAAUUAGUAAAGCCAAGAUGGAAUAUCCGAUUUUUAAUUAGUUUUUUCCAUGAGUUUGUGUUCCUAUAAUACUUGAAAAUCUUUAAGGAAGACAUGAAGCUCUGCAUUGCCUUCUCGGGAAGGUUACUUGUUUUAGAAGGAUUAAUUCUGAGGUAGUGUAGUUUUACUAGUUAAAGAGGACAUAUAUACAUUGAUUAACAAAUUGGAAUUUGUUUGUAACUAAUUAAAACAUCAUAUCAGUACCUUUAUUACUUGCCAAGCGCUAUGAUAUAAAUGUAUCAGAAACAUUAUAAAUAAGAGUAGAGAGGUAUCAAUUUGGUUAAAAUUUGCUGUUAAGACCAAGCAAUAAUGUUAACCAUCUCUUCUCUGAUUUUUUUUAUAAGGUCUUCGUAUGGUGUUAUGACUAAAUUGUACUUGAUUUGUAGCCUACACCCUCUUAAAAUCUUUAAUUAGUUACAUGUAAAGAGAAAUAUAUCUAUAAUUUUCCACCUCUGAUGGAAAACUGUAUCUAUAAAACUGUAGACUUAAAGGCUUAUGGAAAUACAUUAGAGUAUCAAAAAACUAAAUAUUUAAGCUUUGCUUUAUGAGAAAUACCUAUUACAUGUUAAGUAAAGUAGCUUAAUUCUUUUGGAGUUUUUUUAGGCUUUCAUAAACAGCUUGACAAUUCUAGGUGAUACGAUGUUGAUUAUAUAUUAUACUUCAUUAGAUACAGGUAUCACAGACUUAGAUUGUUUAUGCCAAUUGAACCCAUUAAAGGAUAAUUUACUUUUUGAGGCAGUGCAGAGUUCACCAAGAAAACUAAAAUUAAGAAAUGUUAUGAAGGCCAGAACUUUGGCACAGUUUAAGCAUUUUGGGUGUGAAUUAUGCUUAUGUAGAUUAAAAUGAUUAUUUCCCAAUCCCCUUGAGUGUUUUUCUUUUGUUCUUACAAAGAAAAAUUUACAAAAGUACCGUUUUUGAAGUAUAGGUUAAUAGAGGGUUAGGAUAUCUUACUCCACUACCCUUAGCAAAUAACUACUGAAGGUGGUUAUGUAAUUACUGAAUGAUUUAGCACUGUUACAAAUAAAGACGAAAAAUCUGGCAACCAGGCUUUCAUGACACAUGGUAUUAAUGAAAUACCAUGGCCAGAAAUUUUUGACAGUACAGUUGAGACAAAAAUAGAGCAUAUACAACUUGGGGUUGUAUUUAAAUUUUUUCAAAUUAUCUUUCAUAAUUUAGGAACUUGGGUUUAUUUGAAGACAUGAAAUCUUAAUUAUUAAAGGGAAAGGUUGAUACUUGAUUUGACUUGAGAUAAUGAUUAAUAUACCUUUGUUAAUGUUUUCUUCUUGAGGCUAUUUUUCCCUAAACGAUAUCUUAAUAUGUUACAUGCAAUUGAGCUAUUAUUCAAAGCAAGUGGAUUAGUCACCCAAGAGUUAGUUACAGAGUACUGACACUGUGUGUGUGUGUGCGUGUGUGCGUGUGUGUGUGUGUGUGUGAGAGAGAGAGAGAGAGAGAGAGAGAGGGAGGGGUAGCUUAUAUAGUCUGGUUACAUUAGUGACCAUUCUAUUUCCUUUCUUAUUCGUAUGAACAUCUGAUUUGUUACCCAAAUAAAAAUCUAAAUGAUAUUUUUAUCUUAGACUCAUACAUAAAGGAACACAGUUAUAAUUAAGUAGAAUAUGUUUUACUUUAUCUGUCAAAAAAUUUUAUUGAGUUUAUUUGUUUCUCUGGAAAUACACUUUGUCUUUCGCAGCAUUCAAAAAAUUACUGUAGCAAAGCAGUCAAAACUAUUAUGCACUUGGUAACUAACAGUUAAACUCAACAUGGGAGACAGUACUAUUUUUCUUAGCACAUUUGCUAGUAUAGAGAUAGUAAGUUACUAAGAGUUGAGCUUUUAUUUUUUUUAACUUCUUGAAAAUAAUUUUAGAUUUAUAGAAGAAUUGCAAAAAAAGUAUUUAUAUAAGUUUUUAUACCCUAUAUUAAGCUUCCCCUUAUAUUAAAAUCUUACGUGACCAUAGAACUUGUACAAAACUAAGAAUUAGCCUUGGUACAAUGCUAUUACUUAAAGUAGAACAUUAAUUUUGACCGUCUUUUAUUUAGUGGAACACUUGAAAGGGUACUUCUUAAAACCUAUCCUAGUUUGUUUUGUGAUCAUUUUAGCCAGUAAUUUAUAAACCAUUGUAAAUAUAAGUUGAAAUCCUCUUACCAUAGAGAAAUGUUUAUAUAGGUCAGCUAUGUAAUUUCUUGUUGUACCCGUAUACUGGCAAAGACUAAUGAUCAGUUUUAUUAUAAUUUUAUCCUAGAGUUUUGUUUUUUUUUUCCCCUGGAGAUUUUAAUUCUUAUAUAACUUGGUUUUUUAGACAAUUCUUUAACCAUCUAAGGGUGAAGAGAAUCUUAAAGAGUUCUUGCAAAUAUUUUAAGAAGACUUUGGGUUAUUGCUCUCACCCAUUGCUUUUUAAAAAAGAAGUCAGCCAUUCCACAACCCAAAAAGGCAUACAUGCAUACACCCACAGUAAAUUUUUAAAAGCUCAUUAAGGAGUGCUGGUAUCCGUUUAGGGCAUUUGGGUAUGUACUCUAACUUUCUUUUUAACGGCCAUGUAUUUUUAAGUUGUCAACAUAAACAGAGUUUGGUUCAUUUCAUAGCAAGUUAUUUUGAUCUGGCAUUUAUAUUUGGUAUUUUUAUUCUUUGCCUUUUUCAUAGUUCUAUGGCAUCAGUUCUGAAAUGCAAGCUAAGUCUAGUCUGUUUCUAGGUUUUGUUAAUAGGGUUUCCCUCCAUUUAUUUUCAUUGUUGGGUAGAUAGGAAGUUGAAUUUUUUUUUUUUUUAACCUGUUUCCUUACUGCUUAAGUAUUUUACAACUUACGGAGUUGUUGCAUGAUUUGCCUUUUUUAAUGUAGGUAUAGAUGCCUGGGGCUCUAUAUAGGUGGUAUUAUCUCUAAAGUACUGAGCUUGCUGUGUUUUUCUUCUGCAUAGUUAUUUUUCUUUAAUUUUUUUUUUAAUGUUUAUUUUUGAAAGAGAUACAGAGUGCGAGUGGGGGAGGGGUAGAGAGAGAGAGGGAGACACAGAAUCCAAAGCAGGCUCCAGGCUCCGAGUUGUCAGCACAGAGCCCGACGAGGGGCUCCAACUCAGGAACCCUGAGAUCAUGUCCUGAGCCAAAGUCAGACGCUUAACCGACUGAGCCACCCAGUUGCCUUGUUAUUUUUGGUUUUUAAGUUUUUACGUAGUUCUCAGUUGUGAAGAAUUCUUUCAAGAACAGUUUCUCUAAAGAGCAUAUUUUAAUUAAAUGCUAAUUAAUGACUUUUCUUAGUUUUUCAAUUUAGUAGACCACUUUUAAUGUCCAUUAAAGUGAAAUAAAACUUCCACCCUUAAACAUGUUUGUUAAUUAGAAAUUGUGUCAAAAUAAUUUGAUUUCCACUUCUUCUUGACAAAGCAGAUAUACUGUCCAAAUGAUUGAAUUGUUAAAUUAUCUUUAAGACUUUCUUAAUUGAAGUAAGAUGACUAUGAAGCCUGGAAGACGGGAACAUCCCUGAACCUGUAGUACUUUCCUGUCGUCCCCCAAAAAUGAGACUAGAUGAGUGUAGUAGUAUUAAUGUUUUUAAAACACUGUGAUCCUUUCCAUCAGUUUGCAGUCCAUAUUUAUUCAUAUUUUGUGUGAUUAAUUUGUUAAUAUCUGUAGCCUCUUAUAGACUGAAUAUAACCUUGAGUAUGUUUUGACCAACCAUUAUGUCUCCAUUCCAUUUUCUAGUACAGUGCUUGGCAUAUUGAUUGGCUUUUGUAAGUAUCAAGAAGCAAUGCAGCAUUUGUUAUGGGCCAGUCACUUAAUCCUAAUGAUAACUCUGUGAGGUAGGUUCUGUUAUUAUAUUGCAGAGGAGGAAAGUGAUUUAUUGCAGAGGUGAAAUAACUUGCCCUAAGUCAAAACUAGUGAGUUAGGGAGAGUAGAGAUUUCAAGCUCAAGCAGCCUGGCUUUGUGUUCUGUGCUUGUCUUUUAACUAUUCUGUGGGGCUUAUGUGUGUCAGUUGUAUUAAUAGUUUCCAUGAAACAUUGGCACAUAGCAUGGAAAAUUGGUAACACUGUGUUUGGUCACCAGAAACAGAUGUUUAGCUACGUAUGUUGUGUUAGAAGAUAAGUUUAUGAAAUAAAACAUGUAGUCCUUAUGUCUGAGUGGUUUUAGUUUUAAUAAUAGCUGGAUUAAAGACUUCUCAUUUGUGAUUUGACCACUGUUAGGUCUCUAGUUUCUCUCAGCAGCCUCCAAAGAAUUUUCAUAAUCCUGUUUCAAAACAAGUUUCCAUUGUUAUUUUGAAAAUGAUAUGUAUCUUGUAUGGAGCUUAUAGAUAGGAAUGCAUAUCUGCGUGUUAGAUAAAAUGUGUAAUGAAACAGCAUCAAAUUUGUCUUUUGUUUCCCCAUUAGUAUGAGACUUGCUUAAAGCAAUUCUAUAAUUUAAAGUGUCUGUGACAUAAGAUACCUGUAUAGGACAGACAGAUAAGAUUGUAAAGGUAGGACAGAUAGCAAGGGAUCAUUUGAAAUUUUGACUUUCAUCUUCUAGGCUAGGCCAGUGGCUAUCAAAGUAUCAUUUCUAGACCCAGAGGAUCACUGUAUCUCGGAAUCUGUUAGAAAUCCAAAUUCUUGGUCCUCACCCUCAGACCUACAAAAUCAGAAACCUACUAAAUGCGAAACUAGUUCCAGAAACUAGUACAAACCAUAAAGUUUGUACUAGUAGCGUGGAAGUGUGAUCAGGCUUGCCUUUUUUCCCUCUUACCAACUUAUAAUUUUUUAAAAUUAUUUUUUGUUUUAGAAUAGUUUUGGAUUUAGAGAAAAAUUGUGAAGCUAGUACAGAGAGUUCCUAUGUAUUCCACACCCAGUUUUCCCUAUAAUUAACAUCUUACAUUAGUAUGAUAAUAUUGGUUACAAUUAAGAACCCAUAUUGAUACGUUCUUAUUAACUAAAGUCCAUACUUUAUUCAGAUUUCCUUAAUUUUUACCUAAUGUCUUUCUCUGUUCCAGGAUCCCAUCUAGGAUACCACAUUACAUUUAGUCGUCAUGUCUUCUUGGGCUUCUCUUGGUUUUGACAGUUUCUCAUUCUUCCUUCAAAACCCUGACAGUUUUGAGGAGAACCUAGUGGUCAUGUAUUUUGUAGAAUAGCCCUCACUUGGGAUCUGUCUGGUGAUUUUCUUAGGGAACUGAAUGUGUACUGAGAAGGGAAACCACAAACGUAAAGUGUCAUUCUCAUUGGUGAUAUCAAGGGUACAUACUGUCAACAUGUCUUAACAUUUUGUUUAUCUGGCUAAGGUUUUGUGGUUUUUUAACUGUAAAAUUACUAUUAAUUCCUUUCUGUCCUUCAGAAGGAUGUUACUACAUCCAGUCCACACUUAAAGAAGAGUGGGGGGUUAUAUUCCACCUUUUGAGGGUGGAGUGUCUAUAUAAAUUAUUUAGAAUUUUUGUGCAUAGGAAAUUUGUCUCUUCCUAAUUUAUUUCAUCUUUUAUUUAUUGCAUUAUGGACUCUGUUUCAUAUUUUAAGUUAUAAUCUAGUAUCACAUUGUUUUGUUUCUCAGAUUGUUCCAGUUUUGCUUAUCAUGACCUUUUACUUGGCUCCUGUGGGUUUUUGGGGUUUUUUUGUUGUUGUUGUUGUUUAUCCUAUUACUGUCCUUCCAUUGUGGGGUUUUCUAUUGUUUUGUUUUGUUUUGCACUUUCUUACCUUCAGGCACUUCAGAAUGCUCCAGUCAGCCAUUUCUCCAAGGAUCCCUGGUUUAUUGAAGAAUGGUAUUAGGUGUCCACUCAUUGCCACUAAGCUGUCUUUGCUUCUAGGCACACUCAGCUGAUAGCAAGGAAACGUAGGUGUGUAUGCCAACCUGUGUCUAUACACAUAUCUAUAAAUAUUUCUACAAGUAACCAUUUGUAUCUAUAUUAACCUAAACGUGAGUUCAUACUCCUAUCUCCAGCACUAAUCCAUUACUACAUAAUUAUUUUAGCUUCCUCCUCUUGCUUAUUUGUAACUUGCUCUGACAACUUCAACCAUCUGCUAUCCAUUUACUCUAAUUGUUCAAUUCAGGUACGCAUGUAUAGCAGUUUCAGAAUUAUUAACCUAGUUUCACAUGGAGAACAAAGUCAUCAGCUAGAGCAUGGUGCUUAUGUUCGUUUGGUUUUGUUUUUCCUUUAGUCUUCUUGUACAGACUCAGAAUUAGUUGAUUGCCUUUUGCCUUCACUUAAGUUGUUCCAUGUAUUUAGUAAUAAGGCUUGGAUUUUACUUAGAAAUAUCAGUUUGGUAAGAAGGUGUAAUUGGAAAUGGUUGAAGGGAAAGACCAGAUAGGAUAAAGGCAUGAAAUAUGGAACAAAAGCAGCAAGAAAGGAGGGGUAAGUUAAGGGACUUAGGAUCUUGAACUGAAAUUUAUUAGGGACUAGAGAGUGAAACUUCUGCAUAAUUCCUAACUGUGAACAAGACAGGGAAUAUAGAAAAAGGUUGUGAUUUUCACAGAAGACUGCUGAGUCCAAGGAAUGUUGAUGACAUCCCGGUAAAACAGUCCAGGCUGUUGGUAAGUUCUGAAGCUUAAGGUUGGUGAGGUCUUGUCUGGCUCUUAGGAUUUGAAAGUCGUAAGUAAAUAGUAAUGUGAAUAUUCCAUUUGGCUAACUUUGAGGAUGCAAAAUGGAUAGCAUUUUGAACUUUUGUUAGGGUACCUUACUUUUCAUUCAAAAAGCAGUGACCGACCCUGCCCGUGAGUAUGAUGAAGUAGGAGUACACAGGUACUGAGAUAAUGAAGUCCGGUAAAGAAUCAUUCACUCUUACACCCUGAGUAUGCAGUGUAUGCCACCUAAGUCACUUGUGAUGCGUCUUGUGUAUGAAAAAGUGUUUUGCCAGAAGAACAGGGAAGGAAGGCUGGGUUGACAGAAACCACAUAAGUUAACUACAGACUCUUUCUUUAAACAACUUAAUCAGGCAUGAUAUAUUCUUAAGGUGGAAGAAAAUGUGAAGAUUGUGUGUGUCAAUAAAUAAAAUCCACAAGUUUUAAAUGUUUGACACAUUGGGCUUAUUAGAAUUAAUGGGUUUCUUAAAAUUAUUAAUGGAAGCUGGAUUCUAGUAACAGACUGAUCCCAGACUGCAGACUUCAUAUUUAGAGGCCAACAUGGACUGGUUUUGAUGUCUUAGGGAUUCCUUCCAGUACACACACACACGCUCCCCUACAAAACAUAAUAUCUGCAGAAGACUGGAUUGGACACAGAGGGGGGGGAAAAUUUAAGGGAGCAGAAAGCUAAUAACAGGAUAAUGAAAAUUAGAAUUGGAAUGUAUUCAGGUGGAAUUCUAGAUCAGUUUUUCAGGCAGGUAAUUUCAAGCCAUCAGGAAAAGUAAGUGUCUAAUAACAGGACUUUAUCAUUCAAUUGAUUAGAAGACCACAAAUUUUGUGAUUGAAGCUUAGGAAUUUAGCCUGUAGACCUAACAAUAGCGGAGUUUUUGUUCAAUAGCUUGGCAGCUAGUGUGCCAAGCACUUCGCUAAGUGUUUUUAAUAGCUUUUCACUUAAAGUUAGAACACCUUCAUAUGAAUAUAUAUACUAUUAUCCCUAUUUUACUAAUGGAGAAACGGAGGCAAAGGAAAACUGCAUACUUUGCCUCAGGUCACAUAAGUAGCAAAUGGUGAAAUUAGAUUUUAAAAUCAGGGACUUUGACUCCUAAGUCCUUAAACUCUAAGUCACUGUGCAAAACCUAAAUUUAGAACACCAUUUAUUAGUCUUUUCUUGUUUAAUAUCAAACGACCAAAGUAUCAUAAAAAGAUAAUGAGCUUUCACUUUUCACAGUAAUCGGUGGAGCCAUUGACUUAUCUGAGAAGGACCUCUAAAGGGCCAAUGGGUAAUUGACAAGAAUUAGGGAUGGAGUCUGCAGGGCUGAAUGAAAGUAAUAGGCUCAUGGCAAUGAAUUUGUCUUGUAAAGGCUUGUGCAUGUAAGUAAACUUGGCCUUAUUGUCAUCUGGACUUUGGGACAAUUUUCUGCAUGUCUGUAUACCUUAAAUGUAGGUAUGAUUGAAAGGCCAUGUACUUAGGCAAAACACAUCAUUGUAAUGGAGUGAAAGAAGCAAUGCAUUAAGAUUAUUAGUGUGUUAGGCAAAUGAAUUCAUUCUUUCAGUUAUGUGAAACUGGAUAGGUUCUCAUUUGUGAAAAGUCAGGGAAGAUGUCCCAUCAAAUUACAAGAG